AUGCAGCUAUUACCUUACAUUAACAAACCAAUCAUCAAGGCUGUCGUGUCAAGCUUUGCACAGGGAGACGGCCUUGACAAAGUACAAGCGGUGCUGUCAGCCAUUCUCAACUACUAUUUCCUCAUCGCAAAUUCCUUCCUCGUUUCAUUCAGCAGUGAAACUCCACAGAAACUACCUCCCUAUUUCAACAUCCGACGACAGAAUCAAAAUGGAGAACUGCAACACUGGGCUAUGCUCUUCAUACUUGACAAGGUUGUCACCUCAGCAUGGACGGAAGAGCUAUAUCCAAUGCUGCAGACCGUGAUUCCAAAAGACAGAGGAUGCUGGAUUAUCCUGUGGCGUGGCCCAAAGCUGCACUUCUUCAGUUAUCUCAACACCGCGGAUAAGUCCAAUGAGCUCGAUAAAUGUGUCCAUGACGAGGUUGCCUCCGGAAGUCUCCAUAUCAGGCAUGACAGUACCCAGAUCCACAGAAAUUUCAACCUUAUCCUGCAUACAGUGCCACAACUGAAAGGUCCAGUUUCCAAAGGUGCAAAAGACCUUUCGAAAGGAACAGCCUGA